CCAUAUAUAUUUAAAAGAUAUGUUUCCCCUCCCCUCGCGCCUCGCCCCGCCCGCGCGGCCCUCUAAUUAGUUGUUGACACCUGACAGACUGUUAUAAGACAUGUACAAAAACGGUUGUGCUUCCGUGAUGAAGUGUGGACCCCAGCCAAUCCUGCCUGCAGUUCCUGACUCCCGGAGAGAAGCUUCGAGAGUUGAACCUCAAGAAAUACAAUAAAAAUGAGCCACAAAGUCUUUCCAAGGCGCCAUCGACCGCUUCCCUUGCUAAUAAAACCCUUAACAGUUCUAUUAAACCCAGAAAUGGUCUAUCAAAGAGCAGCCUUAAAUGUCCGAUCAAUAUUAAAGAGGUCAAAAAGAAUUUUAUCAAUAACGACAAAAGACCCUUAACGGCUCCGAUGCCUCAAAAGAAACCAACUGCAGAGAUUAAACCAGUUAUGAAAAGCGUCACUACGAAAACGGAAGUAAAAGACUCCAAAAUGGUGACUAAAACUACGGUUCCCAUUAAAAAUAUUGUCAAAAAGGAUUUUGUUAGCAGUAAUAAAAUUAUAGCCAACUCUAUCAAACUGCCAGUGAAUGGAGUGAAAUCUGUCCCAAAUGUAAGAAAAACAAUGGCCCCUCUCAAAACUGGCAGUCAAUUAAAAGAUCACCAGAUAAAGAUGCCUGAGAAAAAAGAUUUUACUAGAAAAAGCAUGUUACCGGUGAAUCAGCCAUUUGAGAAACAAAAGACUGCCAGAAAGAGUAUGGCACCUAUGAACCAAUCCAAAAUAUCUGAAAGGGCUUUAGACUCUUCUAGAAAAAGUUUGAUACCGAUGCGGCCACUCAGUGUGACGAAAAUCAGAGAGUCUGUGUUUGACCGACUUUACAAGCCUAAAACUGUACAAAAGACUGAAUUGAGUGAUGCCGAUAGGCUUCAAAGGGACCCGAUAUUUUUACAAAAGAUAAUGCAACAAGGGAGCUUGAUAUCGAGCAAGCGGCACACAAUAUUUGGCCCCAACUUCGCCAAGCCUGUGACGAAGGAGCCGGUGCGCAGGUCCAUCUCCGCGGUGCACCUGAAAUGGAUCAGCAAGAAGGAGCUGGGCAACUGUUUCCAGAAGUGGUCAUCUAUUGGUGAAAAGCUGAAUGAAAUCGACAUAACAACAACAAAUGAAGAUGAUAAAGUGAAACAAGACACAGUUACCUCAGCCAUCAAGAGUGAACGCAAGCGAGUUCGCCUCCAAACACCAAUCUCCUUCACUCCUCGUCCCGUCGAACUACAGAACCGCCUGCAAAAAUGGCUGCAAUCCCGAGGAAAAUCCAUACAGUCAUACCAUCAUUUACAGUGCUUUGGGAUACAUCAUCUCGCUGAGAAACCAUUGAAACCACUAUUCAUUAAGACCGAUGAAGAAAAGGAGUCAUUGUUAAUUAAAGCGAAGGAGUUUGAUGAAGAAAAUAAGGAGAACAUAGAAUUAGAACAUGAUAGCGAUAAUGAUUCGUACACGGAUUGCAUGAAUGAGUCCGUUGAUAAUACGAACUGGAGAGGCCGAGUCAGCUAUGUGAGCGACAGUGUGUGUUUGAAUGAUAGCGAUCAUGAUACUACGUUGAAUUCUGAUGAUCAGGUCGAUGAUGUGUUGCUUGGAGCGCUGAAUGAUCUUACGGAGUUGUUGCGUGAGGGUUUCGACUGGGAGCAAUGCGCGCGUUGGCUACGCGCUAUCCGCACUCGUUUCCCGCACGCGACGUCUCUCGCCGCCUACUGGGAGUGCCGCGCGGCGCUGGAAGAGACUCGCGGGGACUUACCCGCCUCUGUACAAUGCUGGGAAGAAGCCAUCGCUAAAGGGACACAGCACUCAGUAGUAGAUGCCAACCUGGACCAACUCCUAGACAAGUUCAUGCAACUCAAGAUCAGUCCCAACGGUGGGAAGAGGGAGCGAGUGGACCCCAAGCUGGUGGACGUGAAAAAUGUCUUCAAGAGCACCAUUAUUAGGUUCGCUGUGCAGCAGGCUAAGCUACGCCAAUCCAACCAGUCUGACCAACCCACUCACAUUAUGACGCCCGUCCGACGCAGCGCCCGCCUUAGCUCCCAUUGGAGCGCCAAGGUACAGAAAACGCCACGCUACCAGAAGACACCUAAAACUCCUCUACAAAUCUGUUCCUCCGUCAGACAAGCUGGUCUUUUAGGGGAAAAAGUCCUAUUUGUGCCUAAUACUACUUUGUGUAACACCCCUUGAGGUUUUUGGACGCCAUUGUCACCUAUAGACGACAUAUAGUAACGCUUAUAUAGUUAUCUUCCUAUUAGAUCCACUGGAGUGCCAAGAUGAAAACACUCCGCUACCAGAAAACACCUAAACUACUCUACAAAUAUGCCCUUCCGUGAGACAAGCUGGUCUUUUAGGGGAAAAAGUACUAUUUGUGCCUAAUACUACUUUGUGUAACACCCCUUGAGGGUUUUGGACGCCACUGUCGUGUAUAGACGACUUAUAGUAACGCUCUAGAUAUCUUUAUUAGACAUACUGUAGCGCUAAGAAACAGAAAACACCCAAGACUUCCCUUCAGAUAUACUCUUCUGUCAGACAAGCUGGUCUAUUAGGAGUAAAGAUCUUAUUUGUGCCGAAUACUACUUUAUGUAACACCUCUUGAGGGUUUUGGACGCCACUGUCACCUAUAGACGACAUAUAGUAACGCUGUAAUUAUCUUUAUUAUACGUACUGUAGCGCUAAUAUACAGAAAACACCUAAGACUCCUCUAUAAAUAUGCUCCUCUGUCAGACAAGCUGGUCUUUUUGGAGAAAAUAUAUUUGUGCCUAAUACUACUUUAUGUAACACACCCUAAGGGAUUUGGACGCCAUUGUCGUCUAUAGACGACAUAUAUACACCGUGUUUCACUUAACACUAAAAACCUGAAAACUGUUUGUUCAGAAUCGACAGUAGAAUCGAUUGAGCUAUAUCUUGAUGGGGGUAAUAUUUUUUGUUUUAAUU